AAGAGAAGAGGCAAGCGCUUACACGGUUCCUGACUAGGUAAAGCAAAACUGUCGCCGCAAGGGCAAGGGCGAAGAGCAGUGAUGCUGCUCGACCUGCCCGCCAGAUCGUCCAAGGGUGCUCUACCAUCUUGAAUCCAAUGUUGAGCUCAAACGCUUCAGGGGGGAAGUGCCUGGACAUCAGAUCCACGCCCGCUUGACAUGAUAUCGCGCGGAGCGGGGGAUCACACCUCAGGGAAACAAUGCCCAAUCUGGUAACAACAUGUUCCUGCCCAGCCCAGUGCCGCCUGUGGACAAUGUCGCAGGCCCGAUAUCACACACACGUCGGCGGGUAUAGGACUGCCAACGAACUGUGCCACAUCCCAUCACAUGAAUUCACAUGGCCCCGGUUGCCAUGGACCGCGACAAAUUGCCCCACAAUCCCACAUGCACACACACUUUGCCGUAACCGACCGGGCGUGGGGAUCCAAUCACCCGGGGCCGGUUGGUCGCCGGUUACGACGUUGAAGACACCAACGACUCGCCAGUUAGUCAAGUUGCUCACUUGGCCCAACGGUCGCGGUUGGCGGCAUGUCGUUUUACUAAGUCCAAGUAACGCUAGAGUCCUAGACAUGAAUCCUUGGGGAGAUCGUACAGUCCAAUGUACGGUACAAUGUAGUCCGCGCAACACACGAAGUGCAUUUGCUCUCUCGGACUUCCCGACAUCUAGCACAGCACCGCUUUCCUUGAGCGAUCCGUCCCGCCUGCGACCCGACAGGGUUCAGGCGCAUUCAACUCUGAUCAGCAUAACGGCUGCCGCUGUCUUGGCGCUGCUGCUGUGGCGGCUGUGGCGCUUCACCAUCACGCCGGCGCUGUAUCCCGACGACCCCAAGGAGCUGCCAUAUUGGAUUCCAUUUUUGGGUGAGUAAUCCCCUGUACUCCCGUACUGAACGAUAAACAGGUCCCUGGCAUCAGGCUGACUGACACCCUCUACGCAGGCCACGGCGCUGCCUUCUUCGGUAACUCGAGCGCUCUGAUAUCGCGAGCAGGCAACUACUU